AUGAGCAGUGUCCCUCCCACGGAUCCAGAUGCACCCCCUUCAGCUGCUUGCCGAGUUCUGAUCACCGGUGCCAACUCUGGUCUCGGUCUCGCCCUCGCCCGCGCCCUUCUCGAUUCUUCAGAGGUCUACCAUGUCAUGCUCGCAUGUCGCUCUCUCGAAAAAGGUCAUCACGCUAUCGCUCAACUCAAUGACGAGUUUCAACAUCGUUUCGCAGACGGUCGCGGCGCUCGAAUCGUUGUCCUAGACGUCAAUGAUGAUGAUAGCCUUCGCCGAGCAUAUCAUCAUGUGCUGAUCAAAGAACAAGGCUUGGACAUUCUUGUGAACAAUGCAGGAGCUCAGUUCGACCACCUUUCCGUCUCCGGACAAAUGUCCAUCCGGGAGUCCUUCACUCAAACCCUUGCCGUUCACGUCUCCUCUCCUCACGUCGUCACCAACACUUUUGCGCCCCUGCUCAUCGAGUCCACACAUCCUUUAAAAGCGGUUCUUUUUGUCUCGUCCCGCAGCGCGUCUCUGGCCAACCACGAAGCCAAGGUCAUGGCUGAGGAUCAAGCUCCUGGACCCGGAUGGCCCAAAUCCGACCAAUACUACAUUCACAAAUCCAAGGACGAUAAUAAUCACGGCCCGGGCUUGAUCAUCCCAGCAUAUCGCACUGCGAAAUGCGCGGAAAGUAUGCUCGUGAGGGAAUGGGCUAGGGUGCUGGAGAAUGACCAUGUGAGGGUGUUCGGCGUCAGUCCAGGAUUACUCGUUACAAACCUCGGCAAGGGAGCAGCAUUUCUCUCUCGGCUCGGUGGAGAAGACGCCAUGGUUGGUGGAGUCUUCUUGAGAGAGGUCAUCGAAGGAUCGAGGGACAAGGAUGUGGGUAAAGUGGUGGGCAGGAAGGGUGUACAGCCGUGGUAG